ACAGCUUUCAAACUGCAGAAGUAUUUUGUAAAAAAAACACACUCGGAAAUAAACUCUCGUACGAUUAUCGAUAAGAAUCGGUGAAAAACUUCUUACACAGUGUUUAACAGGCGAUUGUGGCGCUUAGUGUACCGCGGAUAUUCAGCCAGAAGUGUUGUUCAACGCCUAAGAACGUUUAUUUUACCAAUUUCAUAUCUAAAAUUUCCACGGAACGAUACAACGAUACAGAGUGCGUGCGGGUGUGUGUGUGUGUAGCGGUUCAGGUGCGAGUGUGUGUAGAAGCAAGAAGUAAAAUUAUGGCAGCUACUGCAGGGGGCAUCAGCACCGUCGUGCUGCAUUCGGAUUGCUAAGCUUUUUUGCUGGCACGGAUUUAGGAAAAUUUGGAAGUGUGAAUUGACAAGUGCGAAAACACACACAGAAACCAUCGUCUGAGGAGCUAUUUCAGUUCGGCCAGUCCGUGCACAACGAACGGCGACCAUACCCGGUCACCGCAAAACGACCAAUACGUCUGCGACAUUGCCGUCUGCGCCAAAGCUAGCAAGCGGAACGGACACAAAGUCGUUUAAAUAGCCAACUCGAACAAACCGUUUAUCGAAGAUAAAACAUGAGCGAUAAUAUGGCAGCACGGAAUUUGAGUACAUCGAGCGGUGGUGGUGCGGGUGGAGGCGGCAGUCAUUUGACGCCGGGCGGAGCAGCGGGAGGAGGACUGGCCGGUGGGCUACAGCACGAAGGCAGCACGGAGGACAUUGAACGACAGCUGGAGGCACUCGAUCAGGAGAGUGAUUCCGAUUCGGAAUCGUUGGAGGAGCUGGAGGCAUGCGAAAAUAUUGAAGUCGUCAAUGCGGAUCAUUCGGCGCCCGCGCUGGACGUUACCACACGCUACACGAUCUGCCUGUUCUGCAAGAAACCGUUCCAGCUCAAGAAGGAACUGAAGAAGCAUCUGUUCGAGCACAUGAAGAACCUGAAACCGAUGAAGGAGAAGAAGAUCGUGGAGAAAAAGUUCAAAUGUCACAAAUGCUUCAAAACGUACACGGAAAAGGCGCGGGCCGAGAAGCACAUGACCAAGUGCAAGAAGGUGUCGAAGCUGCUGCUGGACAUGAGCAAUGCGGGCGAUGGCCGGAUAAUGGGUGGCAGCGAGUACGAUGCGGCCAUCGCGGAAAGGAGUAACAAGAGCAGCAUGAAGAGCGGGGGCAAAUUUCGCGAGCCUACCUCACCGCGAUCGCUCGUGUUCGAUCCGGAUGCGGCGGCGGACAGUGACGAGCGCUGGUCGUCGGCCGACGAGCGAAGGGAACGCAACCAGGUGGUACACUUUGACGAGCGAACAACCAAGGGCGGCGGUCCGGGCAGCUCGGACGAAUCGCCCACCUCGCCCGGCACCGGUGGACAUUUUCAAAAGUGUUCGUAGAGACCGGUCGACGGCCCCGGCGGUCCGUCGGCCGUGUAGUAGGCAGGAUUCGUUCGACCGACAAGCAACGUACUACUACUGCAGCGCCCGCCAGCCUGUGUGUGGUAACAUCGUGUUCCUUAGUAUUUGUUUUUCCUUUCUCGCAUACCGAUGGCCGCGUACCCCGCACAGGCAGAUUGGCGGUCGGCAAGUGAACGUGCGAACGGUGCUCGGGGGGAGAAGGAGAAAGACUUUUCGCGUUAUUUUAAUUUGCUCACCAAUUCGCACUGACCUUCUUAACGAAGGAAACACAACUCCCCCUAUUCGCGCGCGCGUGUGUGUGUGUGUGUUUUGGAAUUGUUCCAGUAUUGUUUAUGGUGCUACAUAUUGUAUACACAGCAUGCAUAAUGAUAUCGCAGCGAGCAAUUUCAAGCAGCAAUUUGCAAAAAAAAAACCGGGAUUCGACGGUUGCAGUCGAAUCUUUGCCGUCAUGUUGGAUGCGCAUGGUACGGUGGUUCAGCUCGAACACGAACGAAACAUUUGCCAUCCCCAUCGGCUUACCUGGGGUUAGCAUGCCAAACUAGCACAACGUAGGUUGCGGCCACCAGCCGCGUGUCGCGCUUGCGCUUACAUUUUACGGUUUACGAGGGCGAACGAGGGAAACCUCGUAUCUAAUUCUUACAACUUAUUACUCCUAUAACUUAUUUUUCAUACUAAAUUACACACACACACACACAGAUACACACCCCUACCCACAGCAAAACGAAUUAAACACACAUACGCGAACUGUAGCGUUAGCAUAUUAAUAUAAUCAUUAUUUAAAACGUUAAGCAUUGUGAUACUUGCCACAUACAUACUGUUUAAUUACAUUUCCUAAAUACCUACGUACCAUUUACCCUUUGUAUAUAGAUUAUAAUUAUAUGAAUAUUGCGCCUGUGCGCCUAGCAAGCGUGUAUGAUGGUAUGAUGGUGUUUGGCCCCUUCGUAGUACCAGUGGGAUUUUAUCUCGGUUAGUGUGUAAACACAAUGUGUGUAUACUACCACCACAAUGCGUCCACAGUGGAUGAUUCAAUGUUUGGUUUUCGCUUUGCAGUUUAUUUAAACUGCUUAUUGCCCCGUUGUGAGGAGGGACGGUGAUGAAUCCGCUCACUAUAAGCAUACAGCUCCGCUGACUUAUGGGUCUGACUGUUGGAAAUGUUUUGAUCCGGACAUUCGAACCGCUCGUUCUAUCCACCCAGAAACCCCAACAUUUAGCUUCUUUCUCCUAGCCCGACAUGUUAGGUGGUGGACUAUUGGUUGUACUCCGUGUGCGAAAGGGAAAAUUGGCCAAUAAGCAAAAAAAUACAAUCUCUGCGAAAUAAGGCGAGUGAGCUAGUCGAAGCAAGCACAUUAUUGCACGGUAUUAAGAUGGAACCCACGUUAGGGCGUUAGGCGAACAGGGAACGAAUGGAAUUGAACAUUCAGAGCGUACGCGUCGGUGCAAAAUCGCUUCAUACAAUCAUGGGCACGGGAGGGACAAUUUGUACGACACACGGAAGCGCGCACCCUAAUCAAGAAACGUUCGAAUAUGCCGCUCGACGCGCGUUCCACGCGACACAAGGACUAAACAAUAAUAAUGCAUAACAAAUAUACUGUUGAAUAUAUAUAUAUAUAUCCACCUACUAUUCCACAAACCCCACUUUUAAACUCGCUCCACCCUACUUCUCGAGUAUAUCACGACGAUGACGACGGCGGCGGUGCAAGUAUAUCACGCUGUGUGGAAAUAUCACCCGAAAACAGAUAGCAUAAAAAGCAAAGCGGCGGGG